AACCAACUGGGGGAGGAAUGAAUAUUGAGAUUUUUAACUUCCAAAAAUGUUACUCAUCGAUAUAUCAGUUGAUACAUAUGAGCUGAUAAAUACUGAUAUGUAUCCCAAUACAAUUGAUAUAUAUAGGAUUUGAAUUUUUGAAUGGUGGUGGCAAUUUGCAGGUGUUGCAUCACUUCUGGGGAAGAGAUCUAUGUCAUUUUCAGCCAUUGAAGUGUGUGAUCAUGAAACCAAUGGGGUUGAAGAUGACUUAUCAGAUGAUGGGUCACAAGCUGGCGAGAAGAAGAGGAGACUGAACUUGGAACAAGUGAAAACACUUGAGAAGAACUUUGAGUUGGGAAACAAGCUUGAAUCUGAGAGGAAAAUGCAACUGGCAAGGGCUCUUGGGCUGCAACCAAGACAAAUAGCUAUAUGGUUUCAGAACAGGAGGGCUAGGUGGAAGACAAAGCAGUUAGAGAAAGACUAUGAUGUUCUUAAGAGACAGUUUGAUGCUAUCAAGGAUGAUAAUGAUGCUCUCCAAUCUCAGAACCAGAAACUUCAAGCUGAGAGAGCAGAGUGGAUCAAGUAUCUAGGAGUUUUUGCUAACAUGGAAACCAGAGCAAAUCAAGUCUAUGAUGCUACAAUCUGCUCUAUUUUUAUUUUGUAUAUGGAAAGUAUUCAAAGAGGUGUGGUUUUGCCCAUAUUAAAGAGGUGUGGUUUUGUAGAAAGUAUUCAAAGAGGGCCCUUGAAGUUCUACAACAAAGAGAUUCAUGCAGCAGCUUUUUGUUUGCCAUCUUUCGCCAAGAAGGUGAUUGAAUCCAAAUCUAAAUGA